CAAACAAAGACAACUUUACAUUUCUCAACCGCCUCUAUCUUAUCCAAUCUCACACCCACUUGCACCCCAGAAAGAGACAAGUCACGCCGGGAAAAUGUCAUCGUUAAUAGACACGCCAAAUGGCAAAGCUGCGAUUGACGCAAAAGCGCUCUUGGCUGCGUACCUUCAACAAUUACAGUCAAAGCCCCUGAGGACAAAGAUGCUUACUCAAGGGUCUUUGUCAGCCUUGACUGAGAUUAUAGCCUCGUGGUUUGCCUAUGGGCUCCCUGGCCAUGGCCCAACGAUUACUUCCCGUGUCCCCCAAAUGGCGUUUUAUGGUGCUUGUAUCGCUGCACCACUGACCCACUUUCUCAACACGACUCUACAGCGGAGUCUGCCGGGACGAGUAAUCUUACAAAACCUCAUUACUAUGUUCUUGUUCUUCCCCAUUCAAAAUACUGUGUAUCUCACAUCAAUGGCCGUUAUUGCUGGCGCGCGUACGACUGAACAGGCUCGCGCUGCAGUUCGCGCCGGUUUGGUGCCCAUGACGAAAGCUAUGUGCGCCAUGCAUCCAAUCUUGAUCACAAUUGCAAACUUGUUCGUGCCAAAAGAGGCAUGGGCUCCUUUCUUUAGCUUGGUUGGGUUUUGCCUCGGAACCUUUUUCAACACUUUGGCUAAGAAGAGGAGAGUUGCUGCCGCCGCUGCUUCCAAGAAGGAAUCUUGAGGGCUUUACUCCAGCGCAUACCUAGUCUUGUAUUGAUGAGAACUUCAGUGGCUUCUUGCGUUAUGCUGGCAUUUAGAAUAUGGGAAUAUAAUAGACGUCGUUCAGCAUCCUUCACACUUUUCAUCCCAUACUGUAACUUGAUUACUAUUACUGUGAUUGAGCGUUCCCCUUUGCCUUUGCUGAGAGCGCUUUAGAAAUAUAAGUCUAAUCUAAACGAAAC